UCUGUGAUCCCUUUAUGGUUGGAAACUGUCAGAGGCUGCGCGAUCGAUGCUUGGGUGGAGGUUUGUCCUAUCGCGGAAUCUCUACCGAAACUGAAGUGUAGCAUAAUCGCGCGCUUUUUUCCCACAGAUGCUUGCGAGGCUCCUAUUAAUGCGGCUAUUACAGAAUAUCUGGAUAGGACCUUCACAAUAAUGAUCCCUCUUUAUAUUUUGGGAGAGGUGAAAGUUGAAGGAUUGAUAUUGGAUGUGGACCAUUACUAUCACAUUCCCACAGAAUGUGAUAUUGAAGUGCUAGACACUGCUAAAUUAAUAGUCCUUGUUAUUUCAGACUUUGAAUGA